CCUUUUGUUCCCAAUAUGCCUCCGGUGAACUAUCUGUCUCCACGGUCUGAUGCCCUCGGGCAGCCAUUAGAUAUAAGGACUACCUCUGGUGACUGCCCGACAGCCCCCCAGGCCCCUCGCAGUCACAUUUCUUACCCGUGGUUGCUUAACGAUGCCUCUCUCGGGUACGGGGAUUUUUCCGGAUACAUGGCCCCGAGACCUCCCGUCUACGCUUCCAUCGUCAGCCUAAGCGGAGAGUCGAGCCGCCCUGCCAGUUACUACACCCAGCAAGUCUCCGUUUCCGUUGACCCUGAAAUCCACAGGAACCAGGAGCGUCUUAGGAACUUCAUCAGCAGAAACUACGGCGGGUUGUUCGUCCGGAAUUUCAAUACAUGGCAAGGCCAUCAUCAUCACCUGUCGCAGCCAAGAUGUCGGCGGACCGUCUGUGUGGGCUCGGGCUUCUCGCUGCCGCCGCUGUUGGAAGAGGAUGCCACCUACGGGCGUGCCCGGAGCUCCUCCGUGGUCAUGGGUACCCAGGCGAUAUCGCUGUCUUCUCACAAAGUGAACAACAUAGAAAAGGCAGAGCAAAUGAAGGCUCUGAGUAAGAUGAUGAAAGAUAAGAGAGACGAGGAACUGGCCGAGUUCCAAAACGAGGAAAAUGCCAAGAAGAACCAAUCUCCGCAAGAGUCUCCGAGUCCGGAAAGUAAGGAUGACUUCGAUUCUGAUGUCAUUAAGUCUGAAAAUAGUCCCUCUACCCCAUCUGGAGAUGAUGAGGUUGAAGAGGAGGGAGAGAAGUGGGGAAAUUCCAAGGAGAUGCUGGAAUCGGGAAUUGAAGCUGAACUUGAGUUCUCGGGUCAUUUGACACGUCCUCGAGUUCGUUUGUCUUACGUGGAAUCAUUCAACGACAGCGAGAGGGUUCGCGAGGAAAGGGCGCAGAUGAUCAAGAAAAAGAGGAGUUCUUGGGCCGUUGGCGAGAAGAUUCACAAUUUACCCGAACGUCCCUUCAGAAGGAAGGACUUUAUACUGAAUAACGCACGCGACGUUCGAAACCGUUCUCGAGUCGCAGUCCAUCCAUCUGAUACGUUGUACCCACGAACGGAGUCGUGUGUCAAUGCUCCCAAGUGCAAGAAGCGUCUGUCGUGGGCCUCCUGCGAGAGGAAGAGAUUCAGCUGGUCACCCAGGAGCCAUUCAGCAGACAGAGUUUUGGAAAGGCGUCGCUAUUCUAUCGCAGGCGAUGAAGGUCGAAGGAAUUCUGUGCGCAUGGGUACUCGUAGUCUCAUGUCCAUUUCCAGCCCCAUGUCAGGCACUCUCGUCCAUGUGGCUGGGCAUGGCCCGCUCAACAGUAAUUGUCUUGCCGAUAUACUCAGACAGAACAGCCACAACCGGCAGGAGACGACCCUAGUGCACCCUGUCACUCAGAAGUCAGCUGUGAACGCCGAGGCCAUCCACUCUCCUUCGUCUGCCUCUGCCUUGCGAUUCGAAGCAACUUCCCCCGUCGCCAACACCAACACCCUCAGCAACAGUGAUGCCAGAAAAGUGCAGGGCGGUGGUCGCCGUCGCUCUGGGGGCUCGUGGGUCAAGACUCCUGGCCUGAAGAGACCUGACGUGUCUCCCGUGACAUUCCAAGGCUGGUUGUACAAACAAGGGGCUGAUGGCCUUCAUCUCUGGAAGAAGAGGUGGUUCGUCUUGUCCGAAUACUGCCUCUACUAUUACAAAGGUCCCGAUGAGGACAAGGUUUUGGGGUCGCUGCCCCUCCCGUCAUUCAAAAUCAGCCCCGUGGACUCUGAGGACCGCGUCUACCGCAAGAAUGCUUUCAAAGCCGAACACCAGAACCUCCGGACUUAUUACUUCGCCGCGGAGACCAAGGAUCAGAUGACACAAUGGAUGAACGCCCUGUCCCUCGCCUCCAUCCUCCAGAAGGACACGAGCUUGGAGGAGAAAUGGAGCAGCGGAAGUAGUGCUCACCGUAGUGAAAGGCCCUCUGUUUCUUCGUUAGCUUCCACAGCUUCACCUUCUGCAGAUGAGAGCGACUCUGGAUUUCAUGGUUAUAGAUCUAGAAGAUAUCGAUCUCCAGAUGGCAGAUCCUUAGAUGAGGCAAGUGAAUCAUCACGUUUGCAAGGCGAUCGUUUGAAUGUAUCCUGCGACUCGUCAGUUAAUUUACGACCCGGUGAUCGUCAACCACUCUACGCUAAUGCCCCACCAAAACCUAAAAGAUUAAAUUCUUCACGAGAUUACAGCACAUCUCCUGAACAUUCCCCAGAACGAAGUAAGCGAGAUCCACGAACAUAUACAGACCAUGGUGGUGGCGGCAGUGAAGUUGCAGAUGGCAGGAAUUUAAAUUAUCACCCUCCAGCAGCUGAAAGAAGGACACCCGAUGCAUAUGGAGUGACUGCUGGUGGUGGCCGUGGAGAUUAUGAAGAUGUAUAUGGUGACAGUAACGGGUCAAACCCCAUGGCUCAAAGCCAGUUGCGAAGGCCUGAUCAACGAGAUUCUUUUGCUUCUUCGAGAAGUGGAGGAACAAGACUGUCAGAAGAGCUCCAGCUUUCAGAGCCACUAAGACAAGAUUUCAGAGGACAGGACGAUACACUACCACGCAUGUCACACUCAAACUCUCAUCAUCAUCAUCGCCAGGGACCACCUAGACCACAUAGUGCCGAUUUUCUGGAAUACGACAGAAAGCACGGCAACGAAAUGUGGUCUUACAGGCGUGGCAGUGGUGGGGAUCUUCCCAGGCCAAAUGAAAUGAGACCAAAGUCUUCUGUUGGGCAUGGGGACUUGGAUCACUGGUCUGAGGAAAACUAUGCUCAGAAGAUGCGCCAGUCAUCACUCUAUCAUACUCACAUGCACAGCAGGUCAUCCAGAUGUUCUCCAGCAGGGAGAGGUGAAAGUCCUUCAAGUGAUCACCAUAUUUUGCAUAAUUCUCAUAGUGUUGCUCAAAGAAUACCACCUGCUGGAGCUGCAACACCUGACUUGUACACCCCUCACAAGCCAUCUAGUACUUUGUCUCCUUCAAGCACUACCAAUAGUUUAAGACGUGGUGCAGUUUUAGAUGCAAGACACCACCAAAGACCACCUGAUCCCUGUCAAGACUUCAGAGUAGAUUCUGCUAAGUUUGAACCUAGGCAGGAUUCAAGGUAUCCACCUAGACAAGACAUGAGGCCAGAUUAUAAACCAGAUUCCACACAGGAUCCAUACAAAUCUCGUAAUCAUGACGACUCAUUUUCCAGAUAUGAGCCUUCUCCUAACUCAACAUUAAAUAAUGUUCCAACACCCCCUGGUAGCAGCUGUCACAACAGUAUAUCUCCAAAUGAAAGUCUUAAUAACAGUUUUUUGAGAUCUGCUUCAGCAAGGCUACCCCGUCAAAGACUGCAAGAUGAUGUCAUGAAUAUGUCUUUACCAGAUGACGGUUCAGAUGGUGACAGCAAAAAGAUGCAACAGAGAGAAGAAUCCAUGAAAAGAUUACUUGAAUGGAAGCAAAGAAUGUUGCAAUCUCCUCUUACCCGUAAAAGUUCUCCUCGUCCUGAUGUCUCUACUACUCCUCAGUUGUGUGCAAAUAGUGAGGCUUACAAACAACAAGUUUUGAAUGAACUUGUGACUCAGGAAGCAAGAACAAAAAGUGUGCAUGGUCAUGCUCACACACAGAGUCUUCUCAGUGGGUCAGAAUCUGUUCAGAAAGUCCCAGGGUGCUGUGGUGGACUUCCCCAUCAGUAUUCUCCUACCCCUAUGUCAGCCAGAGGGGGUGGUGGCCAAGGAGGAUGGAUGCCCGGAGAUCAUUCCAACUACCGUGCAUCUGCUAAUGCGGGAUCUACAUUACAAAGCCAUCCCAAUCAAAAUCCUGAUUACCCUUCAUCUCGAAUACCUAAUGAGAGGCCUGCUCCUCAAGGGGGCUCCUCACAGCCAGGCUCAGACAGUGGAGGUAGCAGUAAAAGACGUGAAGGAAGAAGAGAAGCCUCCCGGACUAGACAUGUCAGUGGAGGUGACUCAAGACGAUCUACAUCUGCUUCGAGAUACAACAGUUACUCUUCUGAUGAAGAGGAUUUGCUUGGAGAGCGCGAAACCCGCAAGAGAACUAGACGCAGUUUCCGAAGAAGUAGUGUAGAGUUGACUCGUGAAGGCCGUCGCAGUGCAUAUCUUUCAGAGUCCAAAGGUUCUUCAUGGAUUGAAGGUUAUGAUCCUUCUCAAGAGAAAAGCGAAGUUCCUAGGGGUGAUUGUACUGAAGAGCACCAAAGAGACCUCUAUGCCCCACAGAAAGUGCCUUCAUCAUCCCCAGAUUAUGUUAAUAUAAAUGUUGUUAGUGAAGUGAGAGAAAAUAAAUUGAGAGAAGCCAAUAAUGGUGCUCCUUCUGAAAAUUCAUAUAACGAAAGGACGUUAAGCCAGAGAGCAGAACCUGUAUUCAUAGAAAAUCAUGAUGGAUAUGAUGAGGUCAAAAGAUUUGACCUUCAGCAUAACAAAACAGAACAGCCUUUGAGUGCUCCAAGAAACUUUGAACAGAGUUAUGUUUACAAUGAUCACUAUUAUGCAACUAGAGACCCUUACUAUGUAUCCGAUGUUCAACUACCUGCAGUGAAUGAUAAGUAUGAGGAUGAAAAGAGUGUUGAUAGCUCAUUUGACCAUAUGUCACAUAAAGAUCAUAAUGUGUCUAGUGAUACUCAGACAUCUUCUCAGACAAAUAUUGGUGCUGGAAAACCAAAGCAGAUUCAUGAUAACAGAAAUGUAUAUUUUGACUCUAGCAAGAACUCAGGUAUGCCUAUGGAAGGUAGCAAAGAGUUUCAGAGCAUUGAAAGCUCUGCAGGUUAUGCUUCAUAUGAUUCACAUAUUGCUCAUAAAAUAGAUAGCCUUAAUUCACAUACAUCUCAUCGUGUAGGAAUGCAAGAUGCAACUUCAACAGGAAAAUAUUCAGAUAGUGGUUAUGAUACUCUUCGUGCAGAAAUACCCGUUUGCCGAGAUGACAAGAAAAAUAACCAAGGUUCAGUGUGGAGUCCAGAUAGCUUGGAUAAUAGUCAUGAAAGUUCAAGUGUGGUGCGAAGGCGUGGCAUGGAUCGAGUGGGAAGACGACCAGAAAGUUGGAGUCCUGAUAAGUUUGACAGAUCAUGGGGAGGAAUGAGGGGAGACCCUAAGUCAAGAGUUGAUGAGUCUAAAGUGGUGAAAGAGUAUAGUUAUGAGUACAUAACUCCAGAGAAGAAUCACGAAUCUUUUCCUGAUAGCAACCUGAAAAACAUUUCAAAUUCAUUGAAAAAAUCAUCAUCUACAUUACCUUCAUUAGAAAGUCCCAAAAUGGUGCAUGAAACAGAUCAGCAGACUCAAAGUCAGGUGAAUCUUGUGCAAGAUAGAAUAAAGAAAUUUACAGGCAAGAUGUUAGAUACCAAAGAAAAUUCAGUUAACAAUUGUGACAGCUAUUUUGCAUCUCAUUCUAAAUCUGUAGGAUCAAAAUCAAAAUUGGAAAAUUCAAUGGAAGAAGCUACUUAUUUCAGUGACUUUUCCAACACCAAGCACAAAGAACCUCUCAAGGAGCCUUUAAAGCCUAUUUCCCCUCAAAUUAAAAGUUCUGAGGCUGUGUCUCCCCUUAAAGCAGAAUUUGCUACAUCUGAGUCGACAGUGGUAACUGCACAGGAAGCACAAGUGAAAAAUGUUUCAGACUACAAAAAGAGAGAUGAUAUCUGUGGGUCACCAGUAUCAGAUGGUUCACCAUUAAAUCGCAGGUAUACAUCUGUUGAGACACCAAAUAUGGAAUGCAGAGAAUUACGAAGUCCUCAAGAUAUAAUGGAUUCAAGGUUAAGUCGGACAAAUAUAAGAAAGUUAUUUGAUGAAGAUACCAAACCUGAUGAGCAAAAGAAUUCUGAUAGGGUAAUUAGUAAUGUGAAACCACCUCUUAUGAAAAAGCCAGCUCAAACAAGAUCAGUAAAAGCUCUACUGAAAAACUUUGAAGAAAGGUCAAUUGAACACAUGGAGAGAGUCAAUAUGAAUAGGGAUUCAUCAAGGAGAAAGUUUCAUAGUGAUUCUGAGAUGCUCUCAAAUGAAAGUUCUAGUGAUGAAGAACCUUGUGAGGAUGUAUAUGGUAACAUAGGAGAAAAGGUAACUAUAUCACCAACUACUUCUGUAUUAGCUGAUCUUAGGAAAUCAGCCGAUGACAAGAAGGAACCCUUGCCACUUGUACCUCCGCCAAGACCACCAAAGAAGCCAACCUUAAGGGGGGAAAUGGAUGUUGUAAUGACUCCAGGGUAUUUAAGGCUAAGUUUAGCAGACUCUAUUCAAGAGAGUCUGAAAGUUGAAGGUGAUACUGAUAGUGGAGGAGAGGAACCAAGUUGGGUGGAUGCCAACUUGAAUAUGGGCCAGAGGAAGCAUAACUUAACACAUGUAAAUAAUAAUGAUUCUUUAAUGAUUGAUCUAGACAAACCACCAGAGGAGGAAGCUCCUCCUCCUCCUUUUUAUGCUCCUAGUGAGUUCCAUGGACCCCUGCAACAACCAUAUGCAGAAGAGAAUUACCUUCCAAUGAGUCCACCUAAGAAAUUGAGCCAUGGUUCUGGCACCCUUGGUCCAGGUAGCUCAUGCAGUAGUUUAAGUAGUAAGCAUCUUCCAACACCAGAACCUGUUUAUCCUGAUACUUUUGCAAAAACAGAAUAUGAAGAGCAUACUUACAUUGAAAUGAGUGGUGAUACAACAUCAACUAGUGCAUCUGUUUUAGCAAUGAAUGCACCUGUUGCACCACGACUUGACUUAAGCAAAAUCAAUAACGACAUGUUUGUACCAGAGUCCCCAAGAUAUUACGAAAUUGGUGACAAAGAUGAACCUCAGCAUUAUGAGUACAUAUAUAAAGGGCAAUCUCAUUAUGAAGCCAUAUACAUGGAAGUUCCAAAUUCUGAAAAGGAAGAAAAACCAAAGAUCCCAGAUAAACCAAGUGAUUUCAAAUCUGAAUAUACUACUGAUAGAAAAUAUUCAUCAGAUAUUUUAAAUUCUUCUAUUAGCAAGAUGGACAAAUCUCAGUCAAAUGCUUCUUCAGAUGCAGAUGAUGAAGCAUCCAAAGAUUUAGAUAGUUUAGAACCUCCCCGCAACCCUCGUUUUAGUUUGUCAGACACAUUUAGACCAGCGUCUUAUUAUCUCAGUGGUGCUGAGCCCUCAAGUGACCCUGAUGCCCAAGAUUCGUCCGACUCAGAUUUAGUACCACCACCCCCAAUACCUUUAAGUCCUCCACCCAUGGAUGAUUUAGACACUGGAGGUCCAAAAGCCAAAAAUUUUGAUUUUGAAAACCUGGAGACUCCAGAUCCUCCACCCCACCUACGUAAUGCCCUUAGUUCUUCAAGAUCCUUGAGGAUGAAUCAUGAUAGUGUGAGGGAAGAUUCCCCUAAUUGUCCAGCAGGUAAAGAUAAAAGAAUUUAUGAUCAAACAGAGUCAACCUCUCUUCUAAUUGAUAAACUGAAGAGAAGACCUGUAUUUGAAGAAACGUUGGGAAGCCUCAAUGAUGAGGAAAGCUUUAUCCUUAGAUCCGAAGAUAGAUAUCCAGCAUCUGCAGCAUAUCCUGAAGAUUGCAAUAUGACUGAACCAGAUAAAAUAUUACAGAGAGAAAGGAGAAAACCAUUUCCUCAGUGUAGUGAAGAUAUUCUCCUCCCAGGAGAUAAGCACGAACCAUCUGCUCGGCCAAAGUUUACUCCAGAUCCCCCCACUUCUGUACAAAGUAAUUUAGACUCAACAUUUGGUUCUCCAAAGCAUGAAAAUCCUUAUGUUAAUGAUGGUUUCCAGCAUAAUGCACGGCCAAACUUCAAUUCUUACCAGAAUUCUGCCAGGCAGGGCACCAGAGAAUAUACGAAUGUUCCACCUAACUCAAAAAUUCUUAUGCAGAUGGAAAGAGAGAGAUCAAAUUCAACUGGUUCACGACCUAAGUCUCCUGAUCCAUAUGCAGAGCAAAGUGACACACUUGUUAAUCAAAGUAUGUCUGCACAUAGGACGUCCUUGCUUAGAAAGUCUUCAGUACAGAUUGCACCUACUAAUUCAGAGUCUACAGGCUCUCCUAUGAUAGAUGCUUUACGUGGUAUUCAUAGUCCAGUUUCACCACUUAAUAUUAGCCAUCAACGCACUAGUUCGGAAGUUUCUUCAAGGGGUGUAGUAGUAAGUCCAACUUCAAGUAUUUUAUCUGCAGCUGGUGGAAAUAUUGGGCCCAUUCAUCUCAGAGGAGCUUCCAAUGCAUCAGUGGGCAGUGAAACAAGUCCACGUUCUGCUCCAUACUAUUAUUCUGAUGUAAUUAGAGAUGAAAGUCCAUCAUUUGCUGAUGGCCUGGUUGGUACUCCUCGCAUACGCUCCUAUCAGUUGAAUAAUCAACGAGAUUUGGAAGCUAAUAAGAGACAAGACAUUGGCCGCAAAGUUAAUCAGAUAACGAGUGCCUCAGAAUUUGAGCAACGCCGUGAAAGGUUAGCACAUGAAUUAAAGACUUCUGUUGAAUAUUUAGAAGGAAAGACUGUUUCAUCGCCAGAUGAACGAAAUGUUUAUGAUUCUGAUACCCUGAGGAAAAUGAAACGACGAGCUUACACCCCAGAUCCCGAACUUGAUGCAAAAAAUGUUUUCCCGUAUGGCCUCUCUAUAAAAUCUGAUGGUCCUACUUCACCAUCUGUAGUAGGUCAUAGGAGAACUAGGUCUUUGGAGGGUUUAUUGGAUGAUCCAUCUCGUCCUUUUCCAAAUAAUGGUUGUACAGCAGUUUCGCCAGAUCCCAGACCAUUGCCAGUGAAGCCAUCAUCUCAGGUGUCUAAUUUGGUGAAACCAGGAGUACCACAAAUUGCUACUUCAGCACCACUUGGAAUGAGAAAAGGACAUGGCAGCUCUGUAACAACAAAUUCAUCACCACCUUCAGUAAUUACCUCUCCACGAAAUACUCUAUCACCAGUGAAUAAUCAGCGUACUUCAGUUAGUAGCUUGCAGAGUAGUGGAAGUGUACCACCAGGUGCUACUUCACCUUAUGCUACUUCUCCUCUUCCUGUGUCUCCUAUACCACCAUAUCCUGUUGGUAGCAGAGACAGUCUUGUUAGUAGAGAAAGUUCAGCAAGUCGAAUUAGUUAUCAUGAUACACGGAGUCCUCAUGAUUUGAUGAACACAGGUGAACAGGGAGUUCCUCUUGAAAAUCCUUGUUCAUAUAGUCAAGACCAGGCUGCCAUACAUGAAGGACAAGAUUGGGAAGAUGACAGUCAGUGGCGGGAGCAACUUCGUCGUGCAUCUUUAAGACACACUCGAUCUCUUGAGACUCUGGAUGAAAAUAGACCCCGCCGCCCAGGAGACGGAAUUAAUGGAGAGAGUCGUCCUCCAGCUAGGUUAAGUGUGCCAAAUUACCCUUCUCAGGUUACUGAAGAAUCAAACCAUCAAAGGCUAAAACAACUUCAGUUGGAUGAAUAUACGGUAGACUAUAGAGAAGGACGCGUGGGUCCAAAUCAUUACAGAGGUUCUAGUGUACAAAAUUCAGAAACACUUGAAAGGACACGAAGAGGUCUCACAUGCUUAGAAGGCUAUGAAUGGGAUGAAAAUGAAGAAAAAUUUAAGAAACCAAAUCAGACUGUACGUUUUCGGCAGCCUUUGCCACAGCCUCUGCACCAAAAUUCCCAAAACCAGUCUUUUUUAGCCGACGGCCUCCCACCUUCACCCGAGAUGGAAUGCGAGGAGCAGUGUCAGGAACAGGAGAGUCCCACACUCCCUCUCGCUCACGGCCCAGCCUCUCCCCGCCCGCUGCAGCAACAACCUUCUUCAGCGGACGGCGAUGAGGAUGGGGCCAGUUCCAUGGGGGCAGGAGGGAGGCCUCAAAAUGAGGAAGAGUGCCAAGAAGAACAGCCCACUGCUUCUUCAUCAUCAUCCCCAGCACCAGAGGAAACUAAUGAUGCCAUUACAAAUGCCACUCCUCAGCCUGUACCAGAUGUCGUUCCAGCAUCAGAUGUUAAACUUGGUGAUAGUUUACCACGGCGACCGGAUUCAAAGGCCCCGAAUUCGGCACCCUCCCAGGGAUCCACCCAUGCUCAUGGCCUCGCUCAGAACUACCAACAUAUGCACAUACAUCAAAACUACCACCCCCAUCCCCACCCUCACACGCAGAAUCCAUAUCACCACUAUAAGAGUGAUGAGUUACAUAAGCACUGUCUGCCGUCAACAGGGCAGAACUACCAGAGCAAUGGACCCUAUUCAAAUUACCAUGGCAGCUCUCAUGGAUACUCAAGUGGUUACCAGGAGGACCACAUAAACUACCCAAAUAAAUACAGAGAAACUCAUACUCGGCCCUCCAAUUACCAAGAUAAUCAGCAGCAGAAUGCAAGGGAGGAUUACAACAACACUCUGAGCAGUCAGCAUAGCGGCUACAGGCAACACACGCACUACGACUUCCAGGACUACCACAACUACAAGAACCACCAGGAUGAAUACAAGAACCAUAUCGCUGAGUACAAAAACCAGGACUAUGGCACCUAUGGGCGACAUCAGCGGCCUCACGACCAGAGGUUGAAUGGUAGACUUGCCAAUGACACCCACCAACAGUAUUCUGAUUCAGAAAUAACCAUGUCCAAGCAGCAGCAGCAGCAGCCGCAGGUGAUGACAACAUCAUCAGUGUCAGUGCCAUCGAUCCCGCUGGCGCAGCAGGACACUGGUGUCGAGGUUCGAGGUCUUCAAGGGGUGAGUGCUGGAGAACUUUUGGGAAAAACCCACGAGGAGUUGGUGCUGCUACUUAUUCAGCUUCGUCGCCAUCAUUCGGCGCUUCAGGCUGCAAGGCGUCAUGCCCGCCUGGAGAGGGACUCCCAGGGUCGGUUGGCACACUUGGACACAGAGCACCGCCAAGAACACCUUCGCCGCUUAGCCAGUCUCAAUCAUCAUCUUCAUGAUUUGGAUAAACAGUAUGAAAUGGGAAAACCUUUAAUCAACUUGGUCGACAACAUGGUGAAGUUAGGUUCCCUUUACCGAGGGGGUGAUGCUAGGCUUACGCAUGACCCUAGAAGACCCAACUCCUAUCAUAUAGGUAAUGGUUAUGACUCUCUUCAGUUUUCACGUAGAAUUCAGGAAAGAAGGAUCGUUGCUGAAGAUCUUCAGGUACAGGAGUAUGAACUCGCUGCAGCUGAUCAGUCUGAUCUAGAGGGGAAAGUGAUGCAAUUGUAUAAGUUGGACAAGAACCUACAUCAGGAAUCCCUGACCAUUCAGAGCUUGCAGAGAGAGAAGGAGAUGCUGGAGCGCACCUUAGUUAACCUACACUCCAAGUCGCACGGAGCCAAUGAGGGACCAGUAGAGCUUGAACGCAGAAAGAAACAAAGGCGACAUUUGGAACAUGAGCUUUCUAAACUGCGUGCUCACCUUGCUGUUUCUGCAAGGAAACUUGAGGAAACUGCAGCAGAGAAUAGUCGUUUGGAACAUGAGAUGAUGAUGCUCCGGCAGAAAAUACAAAUGGCAAUGGCAAAGAAUUCUCAAAGGGAAUCUGGUAGUUCUUCUGAGACUCGUCACAUUGAAUCUGAAAUGGUUAGAGUCCAAACACUUUUAGAAGACUUGCAGAGAAGAAGAAUUGAACUCAGCCAUCAGAUCCAGAGGUUGACAUCUGCAAAUCCAGGGAUUGAAAUUAGACCCUCCCCAACAGGGGUAGUCGGAGCUGCUCCUGUACCUGCCAGGCGUAGAACUCAAAGCACUUGGCUUGAGACAGACCUGGAUGCUAUGGUCACAAGAGACAGAGGGUUAGAUCUUCCAGAAACAGGAAGAAGAGGAAAUCCACCUGUUUAUGUUAAUGCUUCUAGAUAUGAAGAUGAGAGACUCCCCACUGAUUAUCCAGAGAGUCCUGACUUCAAUGAUUCAGAUUAUCCACCACCACCACCACCUCCUGAACAUAUGCGUACUUACAAUCAUCAUCAGCAUGCAAAAAGCCCACCAUCUCCAGGAGAUCUCCUACAAAAUGACUCCAGAUACAUUCAUGGAAUUCUAUCUUAUGAGGAUUCUAGACUGAAACAACCGUUAAUGAAUGGAGAUAUUGGAAACCCUGCUCUGUUGGGUUUGGACAGAGAUGCAGAGGACAAUAAACCUGAUGGAGAGGAACAGCAACACUCGGGAAGUCAUCUGGAUAUAAGUGACGCAGAUGACAGAAUGAAACGUUAUUAUGGUAUACUUCCCAAAGAAAAACCUCUAGAAAUCAAGACAGUUCGUAUAGUUAAAAGGGAGUCUACUGAACGCAAGAAAGAUCGUACUACUACUGGAGGUAAACGGGUAAUGAUUGGUGAUAGUUUAACCAAUGUAGCUGAGGAUGAUGCUGAAAGUGAAGAAGUUUCAGAUGGAGAAACUGAACCUGCAAUUCCAGCUUUUUCAUCUAGGUCUGCCUCCUUACCUCGCAAUUAUGGUCGUAAUGGGCCUGGAGAACGUGUCAGUAUGAUGGCAGCUAUGAUGCGCACUAGUGUAGGGAAUACAGGGACAAUGACUCGCCCAAGUAAUUUAGCUCUCAAAAAGUCAGCGGGAUGGAAAGCCAAGAAUGAGAAUCCCAAAGAUCGGCCAAUGAGCGCUCAUGAGCAGCUCUUUGGCUUUUCUCGAGAAGCUGAUCAGACCCCACCAUCGUCCCCCUCCAAGUCGGAUCCUCCUUCCCCAGUGUUCAAAAGUGCAGCAGCACAACAAAUUAUCAAAGAAAUGGCCUCUGAGGCAGAAAAGCAUCGGCGCACUGUACCCAAGGAAAAAAGACGACAUUUUACAAUAUCCAGUAGUCAACCCUUGGCUCUUGAAACCAGAGACACUGGUGCUGAUGAGGGUGCAAGAUCUCGUGACGACUGUGACAUGGUUCGUGCAUUAAGACCUCGCAAUCAUCCAGAUGUGGUCAAAUCAACUCUUAGUUCCAGAGAUUUGAGGUUUAAUGAAACAACUAUUGACUCUGUCCUAGGUGCUCCUGAUAAAAUAUACAUACCAGAACGAUAUAUGCCGGAUGAGGAUGAUGAGAAAGAACCAACUGAAGAAGAACGUGUUCACAGAGAGCAGAAAGCAGAGUCAAUACGUAAAAUGCUCUCUGAAACACAAACCACAGUCACGGCGGAUGUUGACGCUCCUAGGCCAGAUGGGGAAACUCCUGUAAGUUCGUCUUUAGCCUUCAAAGCCAAGCUUGCAGCAGAGAAAAAAGAGAGAGAACAUCUUUUAGCUCUUAAUCAGAUUCUUGCUCGUCAAGUCAUGGAGAAGAGUCGUGUAGUAGCAGCUCACAACACUGUGGAGCCUCACCUGUAGCUGGCCAGUAGAAACAGUACGAGCUCUAACCAUGCUGACAAAGCAACCCAGUUCUUCCGAUGAUGACCUCUCACCAAUGCAGCCUCUCCCAUUAGUGCAGCAACGGGAAAACUACCUCGUCUAGGGAACCUGGUUGAAUGUUAUUUUGUCUGGAGCGUAUUGAAACUGUUAGUAUUGAGUUUCCUGACAACCACCUAGUCUGAACUUUAUUUUUAAUAGCAUCGGAGUUAUCUCAAGUGGACUUAACAUACAGCAGAUAAUGUUUGAGAUUUUUAUUUGUAUCUGUGUAGUGGUGAUGCAUAAGUAAAUGUGUCACCAAGAUCUCAGUGUUUAGAACGAAAGGAUUUGUCUUUUUGAAAGCAAGCCUAUUUGUUACUGCAGUAUGGACUUGGAAAGACAUACUUUUUUUUAUGUAGUGAAAAUUCUGUUCGAACAACACUAUCAGACUAAUCAAUGUCAGAGCUGCUGUUUGUGAUUAAAAUAAACUUUUAUUUAAUGCACACAUUACAUUUUAAGUAGUAAGGUGAAUACUACAAGAUAAUGAAGAUGAAUAAAGUACUAAAUUCUGCCUUUUGGUUUUGAAAGUGCUCAAAGAGACAAAAAUAAUGCAAGUGAAGCACUUUUGGUUUUGCAUAUUCUGUUCAGUUCAACGAAAUUAGAAAAGCAAUUUGGAUCAAUAUACGUGUUUAAGUUUUGAAACACAGUGUAUACAUUAUUGCCUUAAGGAGCAUAAAGCUGAAAUGUGCCAAGUGUGAUAAGACUGAUUGUAGAUGGCUUCAUGAGUGAAAUGUGAUAUCUUUUUUUGUCCUUGUAGCCUUUUGUUAUAAUUUAACACUAAUUUCAUUUUCACAUAUAUAAUCAUAAUCUAGUUUUAUAGAUUGAAUAUUGAUCUUCAUCAAUAAAAAUUUAUGCCUUUUCCUUUUUAGAUGAAGCCAUUUUCUUUGUCAGCAUAAAGGAAUGUAUUUUAUGGGAGAAAAAAAAAAAGUGUUCAUGUACAGUACUUGAGCUUCCAAUAUGGUAUUGAGAAAAAAUAUCAUAUCCAAUUUAUCAUCAACAUGUAGGGCCUGUGCUAUCAGUGAAAUAUGUUUCUCGAAGACCUUAGAGUCCAGUCUCGGUGCCACAGUAGCUGGUGCUGGUCUGUCAGUCCAUUGGGAUUAUACUGUAAUAUUGUUAUGUAUAUUUUCUUAACAUUUUUAUUAUUGUUGAUUACAGUGAAUUAUUGUUUAUAGAUUAUUUUCUGCACAUAUCUCUCUGUCUGAUCAUUACUUUGUGAACGCUCAUAUCAUUUUCGUGAAAAAAAAAAUGUUUAUAGAUACAUUAAUUUUUACUGUGAUUCACCUCAAUCCUUUGUACUGAUAGCCAGCUGCAAUAUAUAAAUUUUGUGUAAAUACUACAGUUUACUAGUAUUAGUUGAUAGAUAUUUUUAUUGGAACUACAUUUCUAGUAAAAUUUUUAUAUAUUUUGCCUUGGAAGUAUUAUGUUAACUAUUAUGACUACAUUCAUCACAAUAUGAUUUUUUGGGUAAUUUAACUUGAAAUGUCAAACUUUAGCUUUAAAAAUGGCAUCUUUGUUAUUCUUUACAUGAUAAGUUGACUUUCAAACAUAUCUUAAGCAAUAAUAUCAAUAAACUGUAAUUUCUUGAAAAAUCUUCAUUAUUCUUCAUUGAUGUAGUGUUGAGACUGUCAGAUUUUGUUAAAGUGAAUGAUUUUCUAUGCCUUCAAUAAUAUUGUAAGAAAUAUGAGAAACUGUAUGCUGUUGGUUAUACAUAAUAUUGUAUAUUUUAAUUGCUCUUAAACAUGUGUAUUUUUUACAGAAAAAGUUUACUGUAUUAUUGCCAUUACUAUUUUUGGAACCUAAAAAUUGUAUUGUGCAAUAAAUUCUAUUGCUCCAAG